CUAAAAUUGAGGAUGAUGGGGUACUCAUGAAGCUACUCUGAGAUCGAAGAAGAAUCUCAAAGUCUUACUUACUUGCUCCGGAGAUAUACCGGGAGCAAAGCAAAGGGUCAUAUUAUCGAGCAUUUAAACACAAUGGAAGGGCACAUCUGAAAGAAUAAAAAGAAACUCAUAGCUAAAGACUUCCCUUCUCGUCACCAAUGGUUCAACACCGAACCUUUGAGUUUGAGGAAAGAACUUAAGGAUAAACUAGUUGUAAUCGAUUUUUGGACUUAUUGCUGAAUCAACUGUCUCCAUGUGCUACCUGAUCUUGAGUGGCUUGAAAACAAGUACUCAGAUGAAGCAGGCAUUGCAUUUGUUGGAUGCCAUUCUGCGAAAUUUUCCAAUGAGAAAGAAUCAGAUAAGGUUCAAGAAGCAGUAAGAAAGUAUGAUGUCAAACAUCCAGUGUUCAACGACAAGGAAAUGAUUUUCUGGGAACAGCUAGAGAGAAAUAGCUGGCCUAGCAUUGCUAUCCUCUCUCCAGAUGGAGUUCCAAUCUUAUUUCUCAGUGGUGAAGGUCACAGAGAAAGAAUCAAUCUGUUCCUUGAAGUUGCAGUCGAUUUUUAUGGCGAUCGUCUGGAUAGGACUCCACUCGAUCUUUAUUUAGAGGAAGAGAAAGAAAUCGAAGAGAGGGAAUCUAAAGAGAAUCGACUAGAUUCCUUAACUUCUGAAGAAAGUGCUGCUCUAAAGUCGAACCUUCGCUUUCCAAGCAAGGUGAUUUGUAUCGCUAACCAAGCCUUGCUACCUUACGAUGGAAAUGUAAUGAUAUUCUCAGACACUGGUAACAACAGAGUCAUUAUUGCAGACUUAGAGACUAACGAAUGCCUAGAUGUUGUUGGAUCCGGAAAAAUUGGGUUUGAUAAUGGGGAAUAUGAAAAUUCUUCAUUCCAUCAUCCACAAGGGAUUUGACAUAUCUUCAAAGACGAGCAGCACUACCUGUACGUCUGCGAUUCAAACAACCAUGCAAUUAGGAGAAUCAACCUCAACAAGAAGGAAGUCGCUACUGUGAUUGGCACUGGAAAGCAGGGAAAUGAUAGAGAAGGAAAUCAAAAUCCGGACGUUCAGGAAUUAUCAAGCCCUUGGGAUAUUGUAGCUAUUAAUAAGGACACCUUGAUUAUUGCAAUGGCAGGGAUUCAUCAGAUUUGGGCACUCAACCUUAAGAACAACAAGUGAUUUAACUUUAGUGGAACAGGAGCAGAAGCAAACCUGGAUAGCGAUGACAGUCUUAAUAAAUGAGCAUGGUCUCAACCAUCAGGUCUUUCUCUUGGUGUACUCAAUGAAGAAACAACUGAGAUUUACGUUGCUGACUCCGAGAGUAGUGCGAUUAGAGCAAUAGAUAUGAAGUCUUGAACUUCAUCAAGAAAUGUAGUUGGGGGAGAUAACAAUCCAUAUAAUCUCUUUGCAUAUGGAGAUAAAGAUGGUGUUGGUAUAAGAGCUAAGCUUCAACAUCCUUUAGGAGUACACUUUGUUAAGAACAAGAACAUAGUACUGGUAACAGACACAUAUAACCACAAAAUAAAGAUCAUUGACCCUCUCACUGAUGAAAUUCACUCUUGGCUUGGAAAUGGAGAAGGAGGUCUUCAAGACGGAAACUUAGAAAGCUCUCAAUUCAGUGAGCCAAGUGGCUGCUAUUCAAUUUGGACCAAAGACAUUAGUGGAAAUGAUAAGCUCACUGUACUAAUAGCUGAUACAAACAAUCAUUGUAUCAGAACAGUCGAUUAUGAAGACGGAGAGGUGACAACUCUAGAACUAAAGAAUAUCCCACCUGCCAGGACUUCCUUCAACCCUUCUAAGACAAAAGCGAUGGAAGUGAAAUGCGAAGGAGGAGUAUGCUAUCCAAAAUUUAAAAAUAAAAUGUAAUUUCUG